CACCCGGAUUUUGCACAUCCCUUUUCACGUUUUACACACUUCGUAUCUGUUUUGUGGAGGCAGAAGUGGGGCAAAUGGGGCGAUGGUUCCGUAAACCAAGGAGGACCCCACUCUAGGAAAAGCUAUCCUAGAUUACUUAAUUUUCAACAAAAAUUUGAUCUCCAUGGCUUCUGGACCCCCUCAGACUCCACUCAGCUGAGUAAAAAAAUCCAUUUCUCGUAGAAACACCCUUUACAGAAAAGUGGGGUGUUCGCUGACUCUCUGGCCAAAGACCACAGUCAAACUACUUUUAGAGAAUGGAUCAAGAGCUCCUGAUGGAUCAGACUUCAAAAAGCUUGCUCUUUGUAAACCAGUUUUAUUUGUACUGCUGAACAGCUAUCCCUUGAUAGCAACUUUAUCUCUACCAGAGCGUCCAGGUCUUCUCCAUUUAGUGCUUUGGAGGAAGCAUGCAAGGGAGGAAGUGAGGACAGCUGUAAGAAUUCUGCUGGGGUGAAAGGAGGUUUCCGUCAGUUAAAUGUGUUAGUGUGGCAGCCUUAUCUUUCAGAAACUGCUUCACUGACUAGUCUUGGAAUCAUCUCCUUCCCCCACGUCCCCACCCCCCCCCCAAAGAUGCUUUUUAUUAGAAAUGCAAAGCUUUUGUACCUGACAGCUGCACUGUAUGCAGUCGACUGGCUGAGAAAUUCUUAGGAGAGAAAAAAAAAAAAGAUACCCUGAACUUUAAAAAUCGAUACUUAUCAAAGGAAACGGAAAAGAUAGGCCAGGGUUUGGGAGAUACGGGAUCAUCAUCAUCUUUACUGUGAAGCUAAAGUCCAAAUGGAGCAGCAUUACUUAUGAUUCUCUUGCUUAAAAGCAACAUCUAGUAGUGCUUACUGGUAUGUUCACGUACAGAGGUGCUGGUUACUAUAUGGUUCAAAGCCUAAAAGCAAGCUAUCCCUAAUGAAAAUAUUUUAGCCUGAUUAAGCCCGGCAGUCUCGAUAGAGAAGCCAAGGACCGACUAAACAGACCCGCUCUCAUUCCUCAAACAUCCCUGCAGAUCAGGGUUGAAUAACUUCAAGGAGAUUGUGAGAGAGAAGGGUCAAAUGAAUUUCUGUUGCACAUUUAACAAUUAAAUUCACUUUAGAAAAGAAUUUCUUUGCUCAAGCCUGAAGGCCUCUGGCUUCCUGAAUGAAAUGAAAAGGUCUAAGAAAGCCCAAACAAUACAGCAUCGGAAGAUGCAUUGAAAUGCUUCGGCCUGAAGGAUGCCAUCCGAAGGAGCCUGAUGCACAGCUUCAGGUCCUUGAUGAAGAGGGGCCUGCUUCCCAGCCUUUCAAGAAUGUGGGACAGUCUGAAGUUCCAGCCCUUGUCACUUGUGGCAAGACCCAGGGCAACAGGCAGCCUUUCAGCCGAACAUCCGAAAAUGAACAAUUCCACUGCUGUCCUUUUCCUUGGUUUUGUUUGUGGAUUAAUACAACAGAUGGAAGCAUCCCUCCACGACUACAUACCGAGAAAAACUGUAAAGUAUUCAAACGAUAGCAUAAAAGCAUUUGUGAAAAUGAGGUAUUCCGAUUUUUCAACACUGCUGCUGGAUGAAGAAAUUGAGAUCUUAUUUAUCGGGGCCAAGGAAGCUGUCUUUGCCGUUGACAUGAAUGACAUCACCCAAGAAAUAGCCCAUGUGUUUUGGCAUACUUCUGAAGAGAGACAGCAGGCAUGUGUUCAUAAAGGAAAAAGCCAAGUUGAAUGUCAGAAUUACAUCCUCCUCCUCCACAAAAUAACUGACACUACCUUCUAUGUUUGUGGAUCAAAUGCAUUUCAUCCCUCCUGUGAUUUCAUGAUGCUCAACAAAACAAAGAUGUUUCUAAAGGGGAAAGCUGAGGAGAGCAGAGGGAAUUGUCCAUUUGGCCUAACCCUAAAGUACAGUUCUGUCCUAGUUGACGGCGCGCUUUUCUCUGCAACCUACAGCAACUUUUUGGGCACUGCACCUGUUAUAUUUCGGGGAUUGAAAAAUCACUUAAAGACAGAGUUCAAAAAAGCUUGGCUUAAUGACCCCAGCUUUGUCCACAUGGAUGUUGUGCAAGAAAGCAAAGAUAACCCUAGCGGAGAUGAUGAUAAAAUUUAUGUAUUCUUCUCCGAAACGGCUGUUGAAUUUGAAUUCUAUGAUAAACUUCUAGUGUCAAGAAUCGCUCGUGUUUGCAAGAAUGACCUCGGUGGGAGACAUCUCUUGCAAAAUAAAUGGACAUCAUUUUUAAAAGCCACCCUUAUCUGUUCAGCUCCAGAGUCAAAUUUCCAGUUUAAUGUUGUUCAGGAUGUCUUUUUACUUAAAACAGCUGACUGGAAAGAAACAGUUUUUUAUGGAAUAUUUUUGCAGCAAUGGGGGAAGUUGGACAAUUCUGCCAUUUGUGCUUUCAGCAUGGAAGCAGUUCAUGAUGUUUUCUCCAAGGGAGAGUACAAAGAACCGGUGACCAUAGCACAUUCCCAAAUUAAAUGGAUAAGAAACAGGCAAGAGGUGCCAGUCCCCCGUCCUGGAGCGUGCAUAGACAAUUUUGCUCGGGGUAUUGGAUACCACACAUCUCUCGAUUUACCGGACAAAACCAUUCAGUUUGUUAGAGACCACCCGUUGAUGGAUGACACGGUUAAGCCGAUUGGUAACAGGCCAGUGUUGCUGAAAAGGGGCUCAAACUAUACUAGGAUUGUAGUAGACCGAAUAAUUGGGCUUGACAAAAAAACCUAUGAUGUCCUCUUCCUAGCCACAGAUAAUGGCUAUUUGCACAAAGCUCUCAACUGUGAUGGAGACGUAUUCAUUGUGGAAGAGGUGCAGCUGUUUCAGUCCUUGGAGCCUGUACAGUCUCUCAGGAUAUCUUCCAAAAAGGGUCUGUUGUACAUAGGAUCCGCCUCUCAAGUUGUGCAGCUUCCAGUCUCAGUGUGCAGCCGAUACAAACGCUGCUUGGAUUGUGUCUUAGCAAGGGAUCCUUACUGUGCGUGGGCCCAGCAUUUUAAUGAGUGUGUCCCGGUGGCUCAUCAUAAGGACACCCCAGAGAGUUUACUUCAGAACAUUAAAACUGGGGAGGCGUUGGAGUGUCCUAGAGCCGGCAGUCAGGUGAGAAACUACCUUAUUGAGGACGGGACCAGCAUCCACCUGAAAUGCGCCCCUCUGUCCAACCUGGCCAACACCUUGUGGAUGUUUAAUGGCGAGAGUCUGAAAGCUAAGGAAUCGAAAUACCUCUUUUCCGACCGAGGACUGGUGAUAUUUAACGUCAUGGCCGCAGACGCUGGGCGCUACGACUGUCAGUCUGUGGAAAGAGCCAAUGGCAAAGAAUUUCUCGCCACCAUGGCCAGCUACAUCCUCCUGCCUCAGUCGGGAGGCUUGGCUCGGUUUCCUCAGCGCAACCCCCUAGGUCGGCCCCGCGCCGAGGCCUUUCGGCUGGAGGCUAAGCCCUCAAGCUGGGAAGCCUCAAGUGAGAAGCUCCUCUUCGAAAUCUUCCUCUCCCUAUUUGUCUGCCUCUUUUUGGUUUUGCUGGCUUGGAAUUUUGGCAGAGGCCACAUUCACCUGCCCCGUAGCAUCCGAGAAAGGCUCUUCCACAUAAUCAGAAUGAGUCAUCGGAGCCGCCCGGGGUUGGAUACUAGAGAACAAUGGAGUCAUUCUCAGCAAAAUUCACUGGCGAUAACCAGCACCUCCUCACUCCUACCUCUUUUCACCACUUCCAUAGAAGACAUCUACAGGAACAUGUGUUCCAACAAUAACGUGAACAGGGAGCCCUCUGGACAGAGCACCGUCCUCUCAAGGGCUACCAGCCAAGUGGCCGAUAGGGAUUCCGAAGCGAAAAGGUAAAAAGCCAAGAGCAGAAAGUCUCAGGAGGCAGGACGAGGCUACAGAUGGAAGGCUCUCGAGAGUCUCUCAUGUCAUGCACGAUGUCGGGCUGGUCUGGGUAACUCGUCUUUUUUACAACGAGCGCCCUGGAAAUAAAAGCUUCUGGGGAAAGUUGGUGCCAAAUCCUAAAUGGUAUAUUCUGGUAGUUCUUGCUAACCUUCUCGUCUCCCCGUCCUUCCCCAGAGCGUCAUUUCUUGGUAUUUAUUGGGCAUCCACUGAGCGACCCAUUCCCUGCCUGCCAGCAGCUUCCACCCUGACGGGGGAGACAGACAUAAAAAAGUUUACAGCUAGAAUGAUCAAAAUAAAUAAGUGGAUAAACAGGUAUGCCACACCUCAUGGGUGCUGGAUAAGUGGACUGGACUGGACUGUAAGCUCCCUGUGGGCUGGGAUGGCGUCUACCAACUCUGUCGUCCUCUCCCAAGUGCUUAGUAGAGGUCUCUGCAGGCAGUAAGUGCUCAAUGAAUACCACUGAUUGAUUGGUACUAAGUGCUUGGGAAAGUACACUGGAGAGUUCUUUUAUUGACCUGCAUAGAGUGCCUUGCGGUUUCUGAACGAGUUCAGACCAGCAGGUGGCUGUGAAAUUCUGUGUGUGUUUAUUGUGUGUGUGUUUUCCAUAUAAGUGCAGCUCACACACUCUGUUUUUUGAGUAACCUGAGGUUUCCUUGGUCAUCCUGCACCCAAGACCUCAGUUUAAAAGGGGCUGACUGACAAAUCCAUCGAUUUGCUUCUUUUAAAAAAAAAAAAAGAAAGAAGGCGAGAGCAAAAAGAUGGAAUUACUGAUAUUUUCCUAACAGUGGCCAUUCUAGACAGAUUGAAGAGUUUCUUGCUUUGGAGUAAAGCAAUGGUUUUCACUUCAUUUCUGACUCACAGACUCUUCUUGGAACACUUGUGCAUUUCAACCAAGGGCCCCUUGUGUACUGUAACAAAUGCUGCAAAAAUUGGAACUUGCUAGUGAAACUUAUUAAAAACAGUCAUCAAUGCUCA